AUGGCGAGCUCCGUCGCCUCAACCUCGAGCGCCUCGUCGCUCGUGCUGCCUCCACGAGUGCUGCCCGAGCUGCGCGCCGUGCCGCCCAACCUGCCCUUCGACGUGUUGGCGCACAUCUUCGACUUUCUGCUGCUCGCCUCCUCCACGCCGCUCACCUGUCUGCUCAUCUCGCGCGACCUCACCCGCGCUCUGCGACCACGAGCACAUCAGAACGUCGUGCUCUCUUCGCUGCGCGGCCUCGAUGCUUUCGCAGAGCUGCUCGAGCGUGACCCGGCUGUAGCGCGCCGCGUGCGCGCCAUCUGGAUCGCACCGCUCUCCGUCGCCUCGGACCUCGUACCCGCGCUUUCCCCCGCCGCAGCCGGGCGAUCACCAGCGGCCAUCCGUGCGCACACGCGUGUGCGCUCCAUCUUGCGCUCCUGCCGCAAGCUGCGUCACCUGGCGCUCGACGGCGGCUUCGUCUCGCAGGAGGCGGCACGCGCGUUCGGCACGGCAUGCAAGCCCGAGACGCUCUUUGCCAUCAAUCCGCAGAGCUACGUCGGCGGCUUUUCGGCGCCAAUGUUUGCGAGAUGCCGCAGACUGCACAUGUGCGAUGGCAGUCUGACGCAUGAGGAGAUCGACGAGAUUCGGGCGAUGCCUGACCUGCGGGACUUCAUGUGGACGUGCCCGCGCGACCACACGUACGUCGAGCGUGACGUCGAUCUCUUCAUGCGCAUCCUCGCGCCCUCAGCGUCGGAUCUGUACAGCUCGCUGCAGGCGCUCUCGAUCGAGUCGUCGGGCUCGACGCCGCCGCCAGAGCGCUCGCGCAAGGCGGUGAAGCUGCGCAGUCUCAGCAUGCGCUCACCAGACAGCCGCAGCUCCGCAGUCGGCACUGCCUUCCUUCGCGUCACGCGGCCACCGCCGACGCCUGGCAGCCAGGCGGCGCCGAUGUACGUCGACUCGUCGGCGGCGCAUGCGCGCGCCGUCCAUCCGUCGGGCGUGCUGCUGCGCUCGCAGCCGCUGCCGGAUGAGAGUCUGGUGGAGGAGUGGGAUGCACUGCGCGAUGCGCUGAGAGACCCGCUCUGCGGCUCAGCGUGGGGAUGGAGUAGGCCUGCGACGCCCGACCAGGGCGAGGCAGACCCGAGCAUGGCCUACCGCCGCUGCUUUGCAGAGUGGCACCAGCAGCUGACGGAUGGAAAGCUCGAGGACGAUGAGGAAGUGAAGCCGCAGCACGCAGACAUGUAA